AUGGUAUUUUAUUGUCCCUAGCGAAAACCGAAAUUAAAUUUAUAGCUCAUUUCCGAAAUUCUCAAUUCACAGAAUAAGGGUAAAACCGAAAUAGUUUUUCAUUCACCAAAAUCUGUAAAGUACCUGCAUAGUUUUUUCAUUCACCAAUAUCGGUAUGGUACCUGCAUAGUUUUUUCAUUCACCAAUAUCGGCGCGGUACCUGCCAGGCCCCUACGGCCUGAAUACGAAUCUCUAUCCGUUUAUGGGAUGUUAAAACAGGAUAAUAAAAAGCCAGAUUAGAUGGUCAUUCUAGAACAGUUAAUUCAAUUUGCCACUCUUCUGAUAGUACUACAUUAGUAUCUGGUAGCGCAGAUUAGUCUAUCCGUUUAUGGGAUGUUAAGAUAGGAUAACAAAAAGUCAAAUUAGAUGGCCAUUCAGAUUAUGUAAGAACAAUUUGUUACUCUCCUGAUUGUACUAAAUUAGCAUCUGGUAGUAUUGAUAAGUUUAUUCGUCUCUGGAAUGUAAAAUCACCAAAGGAGAUACUUCAAUCAGAUAGUAGUUAUUAAGAUUUGCUUGCCUAGUUUAACAUACCUCUUCAGAAUAGCUCCUUAUUGCAAAAUGGUAUUUAUUAUAAUUAUUAUUUAGUUAAUCCUUAUUGUACAAUACUUAGAAUUUGCUAGAAUCCUUUGUUCCAAGCAUCAGGAACACUUAUUCUAUAAGCACAAUUCAUUAAUGAUUAUGGUGAAGAUUUAAACCUUUGUUUAAAUAAAAGGGUAGUUGCUUUUGAGAAGACUUUAAGCAAAAGUGAAUUUGAAUAUUCAUUAAAAACAUUACAAUUAUAAUUAUAUCAUUUUAUUAAAACUUUUUUGA